AGCUGAGUUCCAGAAUAUUUUGAAUUGGGGUUAAGUUCCAUUCCAACAGCUGCAGGUGUUCUGAUUCGCGACUGACUGAACAGCCAGAACUUACAGUGAUUUUGGCACAGAACAGCUAUUUUUCCAACAGCUGGUUGAAUUUUUUUUCUGUCCACCAGAUUAAUCACUUCCCAGUAGCUUGUUGUGAAUGUAACCUGCCACACAAUCUGCUGGGUCAGUGGUUUAUCUGGUGGAUGGUAUUGUUGAUUCAAUCCAGCAACAGCAAGUACCUGAAAGUUUAAUUCAACUACUGCUACCAUCUCACAGGGAAAGCAACUUGAAAAGUGAGUGUUUAUCUUGUAUGUAUAAUUGAGAUCUAGAUAUAAAUUUAUGUAUAAAAAAAUAAAGAUAAAAAUAGUAAUAAUGAUAAUAAUAAUAAUAAUGAUAAUAAUAAUAAUAAUAAUGAUAAUAACAAUAAUAAUAAUAAUAAUAAUAAUGAUGAUGAUGAUACUGAUGAUAAUAAAUAGACCUUCUGCUGGCAAUAGAGCUUCAGUAGUCUGCAACAGAGUGCAUCAACUGAUAACCACAACUACUUGAUUUGAGCUUCAUUACACAGUGCAUGUACAUGUGUAAGGAUACAUUGUACACCAGUAUGAUGGUUAACAUUUGCAACUUUGUGUGUGAUAACAUCAUAUUCAAUUUUAUAUGUAAACAAGAAUUAGCAUGACACAGCAUAGUAAGGUAAGAAUGUUCAGGAAUAUAAGUACAUCACAGACAAUUUACAGAGUCAAAACAAAACUAAGCUUACAUGUACUUGGAUUUUGUUCCACUUAUUUUGAGAUGGCCAAUGAAAGAGUUGCCAGUAAUCAGAUAGUUGUGUUCGCACAAAGAUUUCUGGAAUUGCCACAGGGCAAAGAAGAAAUAAGUGAUGAGGAACAUGAGGAUUAAUCCCUACUAGGUCAAAAUUUAUACCUACUCAUUGUUGAUGAUGAAAUGGUUCAGAUUUAAACUGAUUUUCAAUGCUAACCAUUCUCAACAAUCACAACAAAUAAACAAUGUAGGUGUUUUAUUAACUUUAAUAUAUCAUGAUUGAUAAUGUUAUGCUCAAGUAAACCAUUUCAAUUUCCUGCUGACUUGAUUGAGGUACAGCUGUAGCUGUUUUUGUAGCACUCUUUUGUAUUACCAAGCCAUUAAAAAAAAGCUAGAAGUAGCCUUACUACUAGUAAACAGAACUUCAUUCUUUUAUUUCAGAGCAAUUUAUGGCUGAUUUUUCACAAUUUUGAACCCAUUAAGUGAUGUCAAUUUCACACUAAAACUUAAAACAUACAUGCAUGGAGCAAAGUUUACUGGUGGGUUUUAAGAUAGCUCAGAUGUUCUCCAGGCUUGAUCUGUUUUUAAUGCUUUUUAUAAUCUUCCAUAAUUAGUCAGUUGGCCUCUGAGCUACAAUCUGUUUGCAUAGUUUUGCUGGCCACUCACAGCUCUCACCUUCCCUUAGCUGAGGGUCCACCAGGUGUUUGGUAUGAUCACUGUCUGCUCCUGAGUAUAUGGGAUAUAUAUAGCUCAUCAUCUGAUUUGGAGUGGUUAACUUGAUUGAAAGUCCUAGCAGAUUUCUUUGACACAGUACGUUCCACUCAUUUUGAGUUGGCCAGUGAAUGAGUUGCCAGUAAUCAUGCAGAUACUGGUGUUUGUGCAAAGAUUUCUGGGAUUUCCAAGGGGCAAACAUUGCAAGUUGUUAGAGGGAAAUAGAUGGCAUGAGGACAUUUCUAGGUCAAGUGAUGGAUUGUUUGAGAAAAUCAAAAGGUUUUUUAGCAGCCACUCAACUCCUUCUCCUCCAGUUGUGCAUUACUCCUUCAGCAACCCAUUAGUACCUACUCAUGGUUGCACAUAUAAUGGUUCAGCUCCUUUAAGUCUAUGUUCUUCAGCUCAGUGGUGUAUAUUUCUACAGCUCUGAUUACAUCAGUUGCCUUAUCUAGUGACUCAACCCUUUGAUUCAUUUUCUGACUUUAAUUUUAAUUUGAAUUAAUCAUCUAAACACAUUAAAAAUUAUCACCUAGUGCUUUGAUAAGAAUAUGUUUUAAGAAGUGUGAAUUAAAUAAUAACUGGCUGCCUUUAAGAAAGAACCUCUGUACAUUGGGCUUGAGACAAAACCUUGGGUUGAUUUUCUUUAUCAUGUUUUUUGAUCUGAGUACCGUAUAAGCUUGGUUGUACAAACUGGAGAUGUGUCCAGUUUUCUUUGAUGUUUGCCAUCAGAUGUGAUCAUUCAUAUCUUUGAGGGAUUUUACAUCUAUUGGGUAGGAGGUCAAAAAACACAAAUCUUUAUUUGUAUUUGGGCUUUGACAUCCACUGAGAUUGAUUUUGUAUUUUUCAGUUAUUAUGACUAAUGAUUCUUGGUAGAUUUCUGCAGUAAAGCAGAUUAUCUUAGUUUAAUAUAAUUCUGUCCUAUAAUAAACUAACAUUAACUUCUACAGUUGCAUCAAUUAAACAUUGCUUAAAUGGACAGGACUGGAGGCUAGUUAUUGUGUCCAGGCUUCAUUAUGGGAAAUUAAAUUGCAUGGUAACAAGUUGCUGAAUUUUAGUUUUUAUGUUUUUCUGUAUUUUUUUUUUUCAGGAGCUGAUUGGCAAUGUCAGAAACUGCGAAAACUGACCAGAGCAGUUCAAAGAACAUUAAUGGUGACCCACCAAAGAUUAAUAUUAGUCUUCCAGAGAUAAAUGAACUAACCCAGAAUUCUAAACGCUGGAAGGAUGUUCAACUCCCAAUUGACAUUCUGUUGUUAACAGUAAAGGACUGUGAGUUCUUAAGCUGCUACUAUUACAUUGCUGGUCCAUUCAGAAGCUAUUUUAAAGGGAUCGGUCAUGUAUACUUUGGGAGCAUUGGUGGAGACCAGGAUGUUAAACUGACAGUUGCUUUGAUGAAAUGCUCAGAGGGUUCUAAAGUUCCUGGAGGUGCUUUGACCAUUGUAAAAAAUGCUGUUAGUCAGCUGAGGCCAAAAGCUGUCUUUACUGUGGGCCACUGUAGUGGUAUGAAUCAGGAAUCAACAAAGCUGGGGGAUGUGGUUGUAUCAGAAAAGCUCAUCACCUAUUCCUGUCAGAAGGUUAGAAAGGAUGGAAAGAAAUUUUCUGGGUUCACAACUCCUGUAAGCAGAAACACUGCUGAACUCAUCAAAUGUGCUUGUGAUGGUUGGAAUCCACCCUUACAAAAUCCUAAAAAAAGGAAAGUUGAACUCCACUGUGGUGAGGUUUUGAGUGGUUCUGAGCCCUUACAAGCUGAGUGGCAACGAGACGAACUAGUGAAGUCAUUUCCCGAAGCAAUUGCAAUUGAAACAGAAGGAGAGGGUAAGGUCUAUUUUUCCUUUGAAGUAACUUAAUUAGCGUAAAAUCUGCUCAAAGAGAUAUUUGCAUAUAUUUGUAUCCUGAAACAGAGAGAGUUGAUACUUAUGUGGUGGGUAAGCUUUUUUACCAGUGUCAAGAGAUGCACUGGCUUGUGUGUGAACAUACUCAACUUCAGAUCAAGAGGUCUGGUUUCAAGCCCUGGGCUAAAAUGAUUGUGUUGUAGUCUUGGCUGGGAGGCUUAAAUACUCUCACAGUGCAUCUCCACACCCAGGAGUAUAGACGGCUACUGAUGAACUGACCCAUAUUUCAUAUACAUGUGGAGGGAGUAAGAGUACAGUCUUAGUGGCUGAAUGGUAUGGGACCUGGGAGAAGCUUGUGCUACAGGGAUUAGCUCUGCACUUAUAGUAUAUGUAAGGUGACUUUGCAAAAUAUAUCUCCAGUUCCUUACAAAUCUAUGAUAACAAUGAUAACAAUGGGAGAGGUUAAAAUCAAUAGAUGUUGGAGCAAAUUUGUUGUUUUAUUCAUAAAAGCUUGUUAUUUUUGUUUCAGAAAUUUUCAGUGCAGCACACGAUCUGAAAAUGGAGUGGGUUGCCGUCAAGGGUAUUUCAGGAUAUGCAGAUGGAACUGAAACAAAAGAAAACUGGCAAACAUUUGCAAGUGUAACAGCAGCUUCUCUUGUUGUCAGCAUUCUAAACCAGUGCAGUAUUUUUGAAGAUUGGCCACAUUACAAAGGUAAACAGAUCAGCUUUGGUCUUUGCAGUCACUAGCUAGUCUUGUAUGCUGUUUAGUUUUAAUUUUUUAUAAAUGAGUUGCAACCGAAUUACCAAAACUGAAUUAAAAACAUGAUUAAUGACCUAUGAUCAUGCGUGACCAAUCAGAACAGCUCUUGCAUCACAAAAUUAAUGUUACCUGUUUGUCAGCAAUUUCACAGCCUCUGCUUAUUUAUGGGAUGCUUUCAAGCUUUUGAUAGCAUUUUCGCUCUGGGAAGAAGACCACCGACCCCCUAAUAAUACACUUAGAAACUCCUGCCCUAACCCCUCUUCUUCCCCCUCCAGCCCAACUCCCAUUUUAUAAACCACACACAACCCACAUUCCCCUAAUCGGUCCGACGAAGUGCUAACAGUUGAAACAUCAGCUUUAGAAAUUCUUCACGAAGGCCAAUUUACAUUAUCAACCCAGUUAAUAAAACCAAUUUAUCAUUGCUAACUGAACAUUUGAUUCACAUUUCUUAAUAGUAGUAAGAGUAAUCCUAUGAUAAACUCCUGUUAGAAAUGGAUGCAAACCCUUACGAACUUGCGAUUUAUGUUGGAGCAAAUUUGUUGUUUUAUACAUGAAACCUUGUUGGUUAAAGUGUCUUGAGUUGUCUGUGUAGCACAUAAUCCCUUCAUAGAGUGGCUGUGCGCUGUCAUCAAAGGAAAUGUUGAAGAAAUGAUGAACGUUAUUAUUACAAAAUUAUUGAAUGAAACUGGACAAUACUUUAUAUUUCGUUGGGGCAAAUUCGAGUUUGGAAGAAGUGUAGUCUCCAUGCAUGCUAAUGGGAGGUCCAAAGAGUAAUGUUCCCUUUGGUGUAGGGAAGAGAACAUUUAUCAAGCUAUUUGCUUGCUUUCGAAACUGGAAAAGUGUCUCUUCAUUUGUCGGUAGCCAAAUCAAAGCGAAGGAAGAUCAUUUGAUGCGUUUGUAUAUUUUCACGUAGUUUUAUGGUAGCGCAAAAUUCACUCACUACUCAACUGCCGACUGUAAGCAUAAGGCUGCCACUAUUUCCUCCUGCGUUUUAGGCUUCGGAAUCUAUUGAACUUAAGAAACAAACUGGUGAGUUGUUUUCAUCAGCAAUACAUUUUUUGACGAAUAGCUUUUGCUGGAAAGAAAUUUUCCCGCCUACUAAAAUGCAAAGAUACAAGAAAUACCGUCGCAAACUUCCUUUUUUAAUGCCGGUCUCUGUCUUUCUACACUGGCUGUUUAUUUUACAGAAAGGGUAGUUUUUUCCAAGUAUUUUGUUCGAUAGGUCACCAAACUAGAAAAAAAAAUUCAGUUUGUGUAUGUGAGCCUCCUUAUCAUGUGUAAAACGCUAUAUAUAUAUAUAUAUGUGUGUGUGUGGGUAUAUAUAUAUAUGUAUGUGUAUGUGUGUGUGUGUGUGUGUGUGUGUGUGUGUGUGUGUCUCUAUAUAUAUAUAUAUAUAUAUAUAUAUAUAUAUAUAUAUAUAUAUAUAAAUAUAUAUAAUAUGUAGGGAUGCGUAAUGCAAUCACGAGAAAUGGCCGUAAACGACAGAAAAACCUUUAAACUUUUAAACGGAAAAGGAGAGUCGUCAAGGCUAUGUACAAGCUUAUUUAUUUAGAGUGGCUUUUCCCAAGCUGCUCGUUGUAUGGAAAAGAGUCUUUUUAAGAGCCUUUUGCUCGAUUGCAAACUAAAAUCCGUUUACAUGGCGAUGAAAAUUUUUCUUACUGUGCGAAAAAAAAAAGAACAAGGAAUCUUCUGUUCGCGUAUGUGGGCGUGCAUUUUUCGUGUAAAAUGAUGCACAGUAGGGAUGCAUAAUGCAGUGGCGCGAAUUGGCCUUGAAACAAAUCCAUCAGGAGAUGCUUCAUGAGGAAAGGAAAACAUUCCCUUGCUACAAUGAAUCUGUGGGCUCAAAUAUUAUGUUCUGGUCUAAUUAUUUUUGUUCAUUUGUUAUCAUGCAGGUAGAUCUACUAAACAUUUGCGUCGGCCAAAGGUGAAACGCCGUGAUGAAGAGUCGUCUCCGAGUGACGCCCUAGCUCCGAAGAAAAGAAAAACUCGUCUCGCAGGUAAAAUGAGGACAUAUCUAUGGGCGUGCCGUCAACUUCCACCCCUUAACCUCAUAGUUCUUCCCACGGCCUUUGUAAAAAAAAAAGAUGCGCGGAUCCCAACCUAAUGGCAUGAAUAGAUGCGAUACGCGCUACCUGCUAUCUUCUCAUCUUGAUGCUUUUGGUUGAUGUUUCAUUAGGAAAGGAAAAAGCUGCAUUGCUACAAUGAGUCUGUUAGCUCAAAUAAUCUUUUGGUCUAAUUAUUCUUUUUACAAUUUGUUAUCAUGCAGGUGGUUCUGCCAAACAUUUGCGUUGGCCAAAGGUGAAACGCCGUGAUGAAGAGACGUCUCCGAGUGACGCCUUAAUUUCGGAGAAAAGAAAAUCUCGUUCGGCAGGUAAAAUGAGGACAUAUCUCUGGGCGUGCUAGGUAACCUUCACUUCCCAAACCCAUCUUCCUUCCCCCUGCCUUUGUAAAAUGAAAAUGCGCGGAUCCAGCAAAAUGGCAUGAAUAGAUGCGAUACGUACUACUCGUUAUCGUCUCAUCUUGAUACUUUGCUGUGAUGUCUUUAUGUUUGUAGUCAAGCAUGAAGUUCCCAAGCGACGAAGAUUUAGAGUGGCUGUACCCAAGUUGCUUAUUGUUUAAAAAAAAGGUGUGUUGUAGAGCUUUUCGCUCGAUUGCAAACGAGAGAUAUAAAUGGUGUGUCACUAAAUCCAGUUACUUAGCGAUGACAAAUUUACUUACUGGCUGGGAAAAAAAACCAUAUAUCUUCUGUUCGCGUAUGUAGGUGCGUAUUUUUCGCGUAAAAUGAUGCACAGUAGGGAUGCAUAAUGCAGUGGCGCGAAUUGGCCUUGAAACCAAUUCAUCAGGAGAUGCUUCAUGAGGAAAGGAAAAAGCUCCCUUGCAACAAUGAAUCUGUGGGCUCAAAUAUUAUGUUCUGGUCUAAUUAUUUUUGUUCAUUUGUUAUCAUGCAGGUAGAUCUACUAAACAUUUGCGUCGGCCAAAGGUGAAACGCCGUGAUGAAGAGUCGUCUCCGAGUGACGCCUUAACUCCGAAGAAAAGAAAAACUCGUCUCGCAGGUAAAAUGAGGACAUACCUAUGGGCGUGCCGUCAACGUCCACCCCUUAACCCCAUAGUUCUUCCCACGGCCUUUGUAAAAUAAAAAUGCGCGGAUCCAGCAAAAUGGCAUGAAGAGGUGCGAUACGCGCUACCUGCUAUCUUCUCAUCUUGAUGCUUUUGGUUGAUGUUUCAUUAGGAAAGGAAAAAGCUGCAUUGCUACAAUGCGUCUGUUAGCUCAAAUAAUGUGUUCUGGUCUAAUUUUUUUUUUACAAUUUGUUAUCAUGCAGGUGGUUCUACCAAACAUUUGCGUUGGCCAAAGGUGAAACGCCGUGAUGAAGAGUCGUCUCCGAGUGACGCCCUAACUCCGAAGAAAAGAAAAACUCGUCUCCCAGGUAAAAGGAGGACAAUUCUAUGAGUGUGCCGUCAACUUCCACCCCUCAACCCCAUAGUUCUUCCUAAGGCCUUUGUAAAAUAAAAAUGCGCGGAUCCAGCAGAAUGGCAUAAAUAGAUGCGAUACGUACUACUCGUUUUCCUCUCAUCUUGAUACUUUGCUUUGAUGUCUUUAUGUUUGUAGUCAAGCAUGAAGUUCCCAAGCGACGAAGAUUUAGAGUGGCUGUACCCAAGUUGCUUAUUGCAUGGAAUAGGGUGUUGUAGAGCUUUUCGCUCGAUUGCAAACAAGAGAUAUAAAUGGUGUGUCACUAAAUUCAGUUACUUAGCGAUGACAAAUUUACUUACUAGCUGGGAAAAAAAAUCAUAUAUCUUCUGUUCGCGUAUGUAUGUAUGCGUAUGCGUAUGCGUAUGAUGCACAGUAGGGAUGCAUAAUGCAGUGGCGCGAAUUGGCCUUGAAACCAAUUCAUCAGGAGAUGCUUCAUGAGGAAAGGAAAAAGCUCCCUUGCUACAAUGAAUCUGUGGGCUCAAAUAUUAUGUUCUGGUCUAAUUAUUUUUGUUCAUUUGUUAUCAUGCAGGUGGAUCUACUAAACAUUUGCGUCGGCCAAAGGUGAAACGCCGUGAUGAAGAGUCGUCUCUGAGUGACCCCUUAACUCCGAAGAAAGGAAAAACUUGUUUGGCAGGUAGAAUGAGGGUAUAUCUAUAAGCGUACCUGGUAACCCCCACCCCCCAACCCCAUCUUCUUUUCCCCCGUUUUUGUAAAAUAAAAAUGCGUGGAUCCAGCAAAAUGGCAUCAAUAGUUGCAAUACGUACUACUCGCUAUCCCCUCAUCUUGACGCUUUGAUGUGAUGUCUUUAUGUUUGUAGUCAAGCAAGGAGUUUUCAGCGGCGAAAAUUCAGAGUGGCUUUACCCAAGUUGCUUAUUGUAUGGAAAAGAUUUUUUUAAAGCUUUUCGCUCGAUCGCAAAGUAGAGAUAUAAAUGGUAUGUCACCAAAUCCGUUUGCGUGGCGAUGACAGUUUUCGCUACUAGCUGGAAAAAAAACAAGAAAUCCUCUGUUCUCGUAGGAGUGGAUUUUUUUGUGUUAAAUUAUGCACAGUAGGGUUGCAUAAUGCUAUGGCACGAAUUUGCUUUGAAACAAAUUUCAUGAAGAGUUGUCUCCGAGUGACGCCUCAACUCCUAUGGAAAGAGGUAAAGUGAGGACAUAUCUAUGGGCGUGCCUGUUAACCCACACCCCCCAACCCCAUCUUCUUUCCCCCCGCCUUUGUAAAAUAAAAAUGCGUGGAUCCAGCAAAAUGGUAUAAAUAGCUGCGAUACGUACAACUCGUUAUCCCCUCAUGUUGAUGCUUUGCUGUGAUGUCUUUAUUUUUGUAGUUAAGCAAAGAGUUCCCAGUGACAAAGAUUUAGAGAGGCUUUCGCAGAAACUCGAUAAAUGGAAGACAGUCGGGCGUCGUCUUGAAAUUGAGGAGGCAAGAUUAACGGCGUUUGACAAUGAAAAUAGGGAAUGGUCUGAAAAAAUCUACAAAAUGUUAUUACAUUGGAAAGAGAGGAAUGGCUCAGCUGCAACAUACACGGUCCUACAUGAUGCAUUGUGUCAUUCAUUGGUUAAUCGCACAGAUUUAGCCGAGCAAUUUAGCACUGGUAAUAUAUCACUAAUUUUGCAAUUCAACAAAAAUACAAUUACCUGCAAAGUAUAGUGCCAAACUCUCAGACACCAUGCUUUUUGGCCACUGUAUCUUUUAUGUACGUUUUUGACAGUGCCUCGAAACUGGAAAAGUGUCGCUUCAUUUGUCGGUAGCCAAAUCAAAGCGAAGGAAGAUCAUUUGAUGCGUUUGUAUAUUUUUAUGUAGUUUUCUGGUAGCGCAAAAUUCACUCACCACUUAACUGCCAACCGUAAGCGUAAGGCUGCCAGUAUUUCCUCCUGCUUUUUAGGCUUUGGUAUCCAUUGAUCGUAAGAAACGAACUGGUGAGUUUUAUUUCAUCAGAGAUAAAUUUUUCGAUGAAUACACAAACUUCCUAUUUUAACGACCAUGUCUUUGUACACUAGCACUAGCUUUCUACACUGGUUUUUUCCAAUUACUUUGCUCGAAUUUUAAAAAGACAAGUUAAUGAUAGGUCACCAAACUCGAAAAAAAAGGCCUCCCUAUCAUGUGUAAAACGAUAUAUAUAACAUGUAGGGAUGCGUAACGCAAUCGCACGAAAUGGUCCUAAACGAGGGAAAAACCUUAAAACUUUUAAGCGGAAAGUUUUCAUUUUUAGUGAAUGUCUUUUUUUUCCCGCCAAGUUGCUAAUUGUAUGGAAAAUAUUUUUUCAAGCUUCUCGCUCGAUAUGCAAGAGAUAUAAAUGGUAGGUCACCAAAUCCGUUUACAUGGCGUUGACAAUUUUUCAUCCUGGCAGAAUAAAAAGAACAAGAAAUCUUCUGUUCGCGUAUGUUGGCGUGCAUAUUUCGUGUAAAAUGAUGCACAUGACACAAAGUGGCCUUGAAACAAAUUCCUCGGGAGACGUGGUAUGAGGAAAGGAAAUAGCUCCAUUGCUACAAGGAAUCUGCUGGCUCAAAAAAAUCUGGUCUAAUUUUUUUUUUUGCAUUUGUUGUCAUUUAGGUGAUUCUAGCAAACAUUUGCGUCGGCCAAAGGUGAAACGCCAUGAUGAAGAGUCGUCUCCGAAUGAUGCCUUAACUCCGAAGAAAGGAAAAACUCGUGUCGCAGGUAAAGUGAGGAGAUAUCUAUGGGCGUGCCCGUUAACCCCCACACCCCCAAAGAUUUAGAGUGGCUUUACCCAAGCUGCUUAUUGUAUGGAAAAGGUUUUUUUUAGAGCUUUCCGCUCGAUCGCAAAGUAGAGAUAUAAAUGGUAUGUCACCAAGUCCGUUUACGUGGUGAUGACAAUUUUUCUUAGUGGCUAAAAAAAAAAAGAACAUGACAUAUUAUGUUCGCGUAUGUGGAUGUGCAUUUUUCGAGCCUAAUGAUGCACAGUAGGGAUGCAUAAUGCAAUGGCACAAAUUGGCCACAAUAAAUCUGUUGGCUCAAAUAAAAUGUUCUGUUCUAAUUAUUUUGUUACAUUCGUUAUCAUGCAGGUGGUUCUACUAAACAUUUGCCUCCGCCAAAGGUGAAAGGCCGUGAUGAAGAGUCGUCUCCGAGUGACGCCUCAAUUCCAAAGGAAAGAGGUAAAAUGAGGACAGGUCUAUGGGCGUGCCCCGCUAACCCCACCCCCCAACUCCAUCAUCCUUCCCCCUGCCUUUGUAAACUAAAUAUGCAUGGAUCCAGCAAAGUGGCAUGAAUAGAUGCAAUACGUACUACUCGCUAUCCUCUCAUCUUGUUACUUCGCUGCAAGAAGUUACCAGCGACGAAGAUUUAGAGAGGCUUUCGCAGAAACUCGAAAAAUGGAAGAUGGUCGGGCGUCAUCUCAAAAUUGUGGAAGUAAGAUUAACGGCCUUUAACAAUGAAAAUAGGGAAUGGUCUGAAAAAAUCUAUGGGCGUGCCCGUUAACCCCCACCCCCAAACCCCAUCUUCCUUCCCCCUGCCUUUGUAAAAUAAAAAUGCGUGGAUCCAGCAAAAUGGCAUGAAUAGAUGCAAUACUUACUACUCGCUAUCCUCUCCUCUUGAUACUUCGCUGCAAGGAGUUACCAGCGACGAAGAUUUAGAGAGGCUUUCGCAGAAACUCGAAAAAUGGAAGACAGUCGGGCGUCAUCUCGAAAUUGUGGAAGCAAGAUUAACGGCGUUUAACAAUGAAAAUACGGAAUGGUCUGAAAAAAUCUACAAAAGGUUAUUACAUUAGCAAGAGAGGGAGGGCUCAGCUGCAACAUACUCAUAAGACACCUAGAAUCUCCCGCCUUACCCCUCCCCGCCUUUUAGCCCAACCCCUAUUUUAUAAACCACACACAACCCAAUCGGUCCAACGAGGGGCUAGUGUUCGAAUUUAAGCCUUGGAAACUCAUAGUUACUACAAUACUUGAGGUUUUCCCUAAUGUUUGUCUAAAUAAUAAUUUCACUCCCACAGUGCAAAUCAAUAUAUUUUUUUAAGAUUUUUGUGUAGCGGAGCAAACAAUAGCCUCGAUUACCAGCCGCUGUUCGUGAAAUGAGCCCACGCUUCUCUCCUUCACGUGACGAAAGACUCGUGAAUUAGGGGCAAAUCGAACCCCCAACAUCUCUCCCAAAAAAAAAAAAAAAAAAAAAAAAAAAAAAAAAACACCGUAGUGAGCUGAUAGUGAAAAUGUGAAUACUUAUCUUCGGAAUUAAAGAGUGACGUCGUCAAAGUUACAAAUUACAGAUGGAAAGAAUUAUUCUCCUUAUUGUUCAAAAACCCUUCUCGAGUGAUUUUCUUUUCGAUGUGGGAGAAAGAGAAUUUUUACCAAGCUACUUGUUUUUUUGUUACAGACUCGUCUGUAACAGAAUUUUGGGAAUGGUGCCGGAAUCAGUUGAGGGCGUUUUACAACACCAUGUGUCAAGUGAAAAUAACACCAUGGGACCCAGACAACACGGUACACAUUGAUAGCAUUUACAUACAAGUAACGUUUUUACAAGACCACAGGAAACCUGACGGGACAACGAAAAAAAAGCUGGGAGACAGCAGUGAAGUAUUUGAAGGUGACGAAGAUCAUCCCAUCCGUAGACGAAUUCUGGUGUACGGAAGACCUGGAAUAGGAAAGUCUACUUUCACUCAAAAAGUAGCUGUGGAUUGGGCAAAUGGCAGAAAGAAGAUCCUCAAAAAGUUCAAUCUUUUACUGUUAAUCAGGUUACGAGACGUUUGUGGUAUUUCGGACCUCAGUACCAUAUUAAAAACAGCGGAACUGUUGUCUGCUGAUGACCCGAUGGCAGUCAAUAACUUGUGUGAAUAUGUCCGUCAGAACCAAGAGAAAGUGCUGCUCAUUUUGGAUGGAUAUGAUGAGUACAGCGGUGGAAAAUCAUCCAUAAUUCACCAGAUUUGGAGAGGCAGUCAACUGAGAGACUGUUGUGUAACGAUCACAACGCGGCCAGUGAAAGAGGAUGAGCUUAGAGUGCCAAGUCACGCUCAGUUUGAACUUAACGGGUUCGAUAGCUGGGAACAGAAGAAACAGUUUGCAAGUAAGAUUCUUCCUGAUGAGGAGGACGUUAAAGGGCUACUUGAAUACCUGGAGGAGCAUGACCUUGAGGAGAUGGCAGAGAUUCCGCUAUUGUUGUUGAUGUUGUGUCUUCAGUGGAAGAAGAAAAAACCUCAAUUACCAACAUCUCGUGCGGAAAUUUACGUAGAAUUUAUUCAGACUCUCUUGAAUCAUAUGGCUACUAAAGACUCGGAAGACGUCGCAACAGAUGAAAGCAUAGAUAAAUAUCAAGAGGAACUUUCCAAAAUAGGAAAACUUGCCUUUGAUGCUCUUUUGGAGGACUGCCUUCAUUUUGACUUCACCAAAUUUCCGCAUGGUGAUCUCUUCGAGAAGCUUAUUCAUGUCGGUUUUUUCCAAGUUUCCAAACUUUCUGCUUGGAACCGUGAGAAGAUCGUGUAUUUUCUCCACAAGUCCGUUCAGGAGUUUCUCGCCGCCUGGUUCAUGGUUCAAGAACUGAAGGUUAAGAAGAAUGAAACCGUCACCUUCUUGUCGGGAAUGGAUACGUUUAAAAAAUCAAGAAAGAUGGCUGAAGUUCUGAAAUUCGCUUGUGAGUUGUCAUCAGAUGCUGUCGGCAUUGUUUUUGAUCAUCUACGUUAUGUCGGAGAGAAAGAAGGUCUCACAAAUUACAAUUUCACUAGGACGCCUUCUGUUCAUGAUUUGUCAGGUGAACAAUACGAGUUUAUUCUACUCUGUGUCGAUUGUUUGUUCUGUUGUCCGGCCUCAAACAGACCAGCUGUGUAUUCUGCAUUUCUCUCUCGUGUUAACCAUGUUGUAAUACUUGAUGAGAAACACUCGUCUAUUGCUGCUAAAACGCACUUCUUCAAUAACACCGACAGCUUUCCAAACUAUUUAUUUUGCUCACGUUGGAACACUAAUUAUGAUGAUCUUCUAUCCAUAUGGUUUGACUUGAACGCGGUCGUUUUAACGUGCUCUGGAGAAAUUGAAGAUGUAAAAAAAUACGCCGAUUUACGCGAUGCGGACUUUUUCCUCAAAAAAAGCGAAAAGAGAAACUUUAUCUAUCUUCGUUGCAUAACAAAUCCUGUAUUACACUUUAACCUGCUUUCUGAAUUGAUCUCAGCGCCGGUUUGUCCUUCUCAGCCACCUGUGGAUAAUCUGGGAAAGAAUAAAGACAACAACAUUGCGCUUUCUUUGACUGAGAACAGAUCUGACCAGACGCAACAACAUUGUGUGUCACUGGUGAGAGAGGUUGAUUUAUCGGUGAAAAAAGUUGAGGAUUUUGUUCUGUUGAAGAACUUGUUGCCUUUAGUAACAGCUCCUCGAGAUAUUGCUAUAUGGGGGAGCGUGACAGAUGCCUUGGAAGGUAAUUCGAUUGAGAACGCGAUUCACAGAAUUAAUUUUACUGACAAUCUCCACAGUUUAAAACUUCGUGGUAUCAAUCUAACAGCAAAGUGUGCUGCUUUUAUUGCUGAGUCACUGCACCACUCUCCAAACUUGCAUGAGCUCUGCUUGUCAAGGAACCCCUUACACAGCGGUGUGAGUCAUUUGGCUGAGAAUCUUCAUCACGUGCCACAGUUGACUGAGUUAGAGUUAGUUGAAGUACAAAUGGGAGAAAAGGAAUGUGCUGCACUGGUUUCCUCACUACAGUACUUAAAAAAGUUAGAAAGACUGGAUAUGUCAAACAAUGCACUGGGUCACGGGAUUAUUGAACUGGCCAGGAACCUGAAUAGUGUACCCAAUCUGACUUGGCUGAAACUACUGGAUACAAAUAUAGAUGAAGAUGAAGCAUCAGCACUGGCUUGUGCACUAAAGGAUGUACCAGAGCUGAGCAUUCUUAGUCUAGGGUCCAAUCCACUUGGCAGAGGAGUCAUGGACCUGGUCCAGCAUCUCUGCAGUGUUCCUAAGCCGAAGAAGGACCUAUCCCCGUGCCUGGAUGGUGUUCAAAUGACAAAGUUGACUGACUUACAGUUACACAGCGGUGUGAGUCAUUUGGCUGAGAAUCUUCAUCACGUGCCACAGUUGACUAAGUUAGAGUUAGCUGAAGUACAAAUGGGAGAAAAGGAAUGUGCUGCACUGGCUGCCUCAUUACAGUACUUAAAGACAUUAGAAGAACUGGAUAUGUCAGGCAAUGCACUGGGUCACGGGAUUAUUGAACUGGCCAAGAACCUGAACAGUGUACCUACUCUGACCAAACUGGACCUGGAGAACACAAAUAUGGGUGAAGAUGAAGCAUCAGCACUGGCUCGUGCACUGAAGGAUGCACCAGAGCUGAGAUAUCUUAGUUUAAUGUCCAAUCCACUUGGCAGAGGAGUCAGGGACCUGGUCCAGCACCUCAGCAGCGUUCGUAAACUGAAGUCCCUGGAUCUGGAUGGUGUUCCGAUGACAAAGACAGGGCUUAAAAUGCUGUUUUCAACCUUAAAUGGAAGAGAAAUUACAUUGUAUACCGAUUACCAUGUAAGUGUCUCGUUCUUGUUUCACUUAGUCGUAUCUAAUUUUUAUUUUGGUUCUCUUCAGAUUACACUUGUUAUUGUUUCCAGCAAGUUGCUUUGGAGACAAUUUAUUGGAGUAGUCUGCAUGGGAAAGAAUGUAGACAUCAGGAACAGUCACUGUUUUCGACAUUUACUAUUUCUAUGUUGUGACAACAGGAGCCAUUGUUGGGGAUGGCGGAGACCGUAAACAGCCCAUGUUAAGUACUUUAAUGGUUCAUGUAUUGCUUCUUUAACUAUGGUUUCCAGAAAAAUAUGUUUAAGAUUAAAUUAAGACAGAAACAAAUUUAGCUUUGAAAACUUUGAUAUUAUUUAUUUACAGACAGUAGUUUCCAGUAUAGUUGAUGCUUGAUUACUGAAACUUCAUUGAAAACUUUGGGAGUUCGAUUCCUUCGAGUUCAUUCGAUUGGCCCUUCGGUUUUGGCGAAAUCUUGUAGAGAAAUCUUUUGUAGCUAUGCCUUACAUAAGAGAGAGAAAAAAAGAUGAAUUGUGAGAAUUUUUCUCGGACCAAACUUCUUUGCGCAAUGUUAAUUUUUGAAAUUUUUGGCUUGUGUUGUUAUUAUGGGAUGCUUUCUUUUGGGUUUGAUUAUGUGACGUGAAAUUACUGUUAACCUAUACAUGCUUUGGAUUCGAUGACGUUGUUCCCUACGAUCUGUACCAGUAUCUAUUCGCUUUUAUUAACAGGAAGCGUUUACCCAACAAAAUAGAAAGAACCAAACAAAAAAGGUUUUUUCUUGUGUUAAAUCCAAAUGCGUGUUUUGAAAAGCGAAAAUCAUGUUGAUUCUAUUGUCAUCAAUUUACGUUUUAAAGGUUUGUACUGAUGAUAGGAAAUAAUUCACCAAAAGUUGUCGGUGAAAUGAUUAACAUCCAAAAAGAAACUGACACGGUGCUAUAAUUUACUUACACUUAAAUGGUUUCAUUCUUCUUAUUUAUCAGUUGGAUUCUUUUUGUCUUUAGCUGCACUGCCCAUGUUGAGUAACUCCGUCAGAUGCUCGUAGGGCCCUCGGUCGCCUUUGUCAUAGAAGCCUAUUUUUUUUCUUUUAAGAAAAAUUAAAGAAAAACAUUGUAAAUAGCGAAUUUGUUAAAAUGACUAUUUCAAACCUUACACUCUAAAACCUUUUUGGUGUGUUGAACGAAAAUAUAACAUAGAAUAAAGAGCAAAGUACUCCGGGGUUGGUAAUAAGGCAAAAAGAGAUAAUAGCGAGAAGGAAUUGGAAAAGAAGACAGGCGGGCACGAAAUUCAAUGGAUAAAUACAUAUAUAUAUAUAUAUAUAUAUAUAUAUAUAUAUAUAUAUAUUUUUGGAGGGGGAGGGGGGUGGGGAAAUGAGCAAAAAAAUCAAGAAAGUGUUUCACAUGAGUCACCUCUGAUUAGCGCUUCGGCUCGAUGUUCCCAUUCUGUAUCCAAAAUAAGACCAAUAUUACCACGUCCUAAACAAAAUAAAGCGCUUGCACUAGUCGUGAGAAGAAGCCUUUUGGAGGCGAAGUUUCCAUUAACAUCUCAUUCAGCUGAAAGAUCUGGGAAAGACGUUAUGUUAUGGAACCUGUGAAAUUAGCGCUUGAAGAAUGAAGCAUUACUGUGCGUCAGGCGAAAGCGCCCUGCUAGAAAACAAACGAAAAAUCAAAAGAAAUCAUUUUAAAAGCUUAAACUUUAUAGGCGCGACCCGUGACACGCGGCUACUAGUCAAACUCGGCACUGCGCUAUAAUUUACUCGCUCUUAAAUGGUUUCCUUAUUCUUAUUUAUCAGUUGGAUUCUUUUUUAAGUGUCUCGUAUAUGAUUCAAAUGGUUUUGUCAGAAAAGUAUGGUUACAUUGAGAGGAGAGUUCUUUACUUUUGGGAAAGUCAAGGAAAACAUUACAUCGAGGACUCCGGGUCAUCAAAAAGAAAUAUUUAGGGUUGUCUGUCUUUCAAUCGUGUAACAAUUAUGUUGGUUGAGAGGUGAACUGGAGUAAAACCCGUUGCGUGUAGUCGAGCAAGGUUGGAAAAUUGUUAAAUCGUUGAUUUACUCUCGGGAAGACAAUAACUUAGCUAAUACUUUGUUUGUGGAAAAUUAAUAAUUUCAAAGAUAUUAGACAGUUUUCCUCCCCCUAAAAAAGUUAGUAUUUAUUGUAAUUUAUGUGUUUGUUUGUAAACCUUCACCUCAUCUUAAUCGUCAGGGAGCAUUGUUUUUUGUUAUUUGUAACUGAGAUCGUUUUCUUCGUUGUAAAAUGAUCUUAGUCACUUGUAGCUAUUUGAAUUCAAAAGUGAAUGUCCUCUUUUACUGCUCGCUAUAUGGACUAAUAUCUUUGAUUGCGAGAAAUAUUUAUCUUGUGUGUUAAAAUGUAAGUUGAGUGUUACAUAGAAAUUAAUGAAACAGGUGUAUUUUGCCAUAGCGAAGGAAACGUAAUAUUCCGAUAUACGUGGGGAGAAUCAAGAUCCUUUAGAUAUUUAUCUGGUGUAAAAAUGCCAGUUGAGAGUUUCACAUAAUUGGUGCUGUGGUUGAUGUUGUGUCCUUUUUUUCUCCUGUGAUAGGAAGUUGAAAGGAAAGGUGGAGAGUGGAUCAAUCGACUUCUUACAGAAGCUGAGCUGAAAAAAGAAGGAAUAAGGUUCAGAAAAGAGCCAUAUGAUGAUGACGAUGACGAUGAUGAUGAUGGUGAUGAUGAUGAUGAUGAUGAUGACGAAAGUGAGGAUGAUGACGAUGAUGACGAUGACGAUGAUGAUAAUGGCGAAGAUGAAGAUAGUGAGCAUCUCGAUGAUGAUGAUGAUGAGGAUGAUGGCGAUGAUGAAGUUAGUGACGAUCUCGAUGAUGAUGAUGAUGAUGAAAAUGAGUAAGCGCUCAGAAAAAACGUUUCUGUGGCAACUGAUUUAGCGAGAAGUGAGAAGAUUAAUAUUUCAGAAUAUAAUCCAUCAAAUAUUUUUGCUUGCGCGCGCGGGAUUGGUCUAAAUGCAUCACGUAACCGAAUAUACAUCAGCUAAAACUGGAGAAUAUCCGUGAAUAUACCCUAAGUAAUAUUCCUCAAUUUUCAAACCUUAACGUCCACAACAAAAGUAGUCUUCGUUUUAAAUUUAAUUCAAGAUUAUUAUCUGUUGCUCUAAGCUCUCACUUUUCCUCGAGCUUCACUCUCGGAAACUGUUCGCAUCUCGGAACAGAUCAAGUCCGAACAGCAACAAAAACAAAAACCACCAUGAGUGUUACAUAGAAAUUAAUGAAACAGGUGUAUUUUGCCGUAACGAAGGAAACGUAAUAUUCCGAUAUACGUGGGGAGAAUCAAGAUCCUUUAGAUAUUUAUCUGGUGUGAAAAUGCCAGUUGAGAGUUUCACAUAAUUGGUGCUGUGGUUGAUGUUGAGUCCUUUUUUUGUCCUGUGAUAGGCAAUUGGAAUAGUAGAUGAAAGGGUGAUCAAUCGACUUAGUACAAAAGCUGAGCUGAAAAAAAAAGGAACAAGGUUCAGAAAAGAGCCAGAUGAUGAUGUUGAUGAUGAUGAUGAUGAUGAUGAUGACGAUGACGACGACGAUGAUGAUGAUGACGAAAGUGAGGAUGAUGACCAUGACGAUGACGAAGAUGAAGAUAGUGAGCAUCUCGAUGAUGAGGAUGAUGGCGGUGAUGAAGAUUGUGACAAUCUCGAUGAUGAUGAUGAAAAUGAGUAAGCGCUCUGAAAAAAGGUUUCUGUGGCAACUGAUUUAGCGAGCAGUAAAAAGAUUGAUAUUUCAGAAUAUAAUCCAUCAAAUAUUUUUGCUUGCGCGCGCGGGAUUGGUCUAAGUGCGUCACGGACCGAAUAUACAUCAGCUAAAACUGGAGAAUAUCCGUGAAUAUACCCUAAGUAAUAUUCCCCAAUUUUCAAACCUUAACGUCCACUACAAUAGAAGUCUUCGUUUCAAACUUAAUUCAAGAUUAGAGGGCGUUUGGUGUUCUUACAGAAGAAAGGACAUGUUUUUGUGUUCAUACAGCUGUACCAGCGAACACUGAAAAGUGAACAUCCUACGUAAUAAACGGUGAACUGGUCGUAAACACUUUCCCCGCGCGUUGCAAAAGUAAUUGAAGAAAGAAAAACACAAUAACCUCUAUUUUGCGCAAAAAUAUUCUCGUAUAGUUGUCCUUAAACAUUAUCUGUUUCUCUAAGCUCUCACUUUUCCUCGAGCGUCACUCUCGGAAACUGUUCGCAUCUCGGAACAGAUAAUGUCCUAACAACAACAAAAACAAAAACCAUCGUGCAUGUAUUUGCGCCAAAUAAAGACUAUUGUUUAUUUAGAAUUUCGGAAAUUGCUGGACGUAUUUCCCGUCUCUUACGGCGCUAUAUCUUUAUUUCAGCAUAACGUAUUGGAGUAGCGUCCAGUUCGAAUUGGAAACUUAGAUAAUUUUCCGACGGUAUUUCCCUUCUAAGAUCACGAAAAUUUUGGUGAUUUCACGUUGUUGUUUUGCAGUGGACGGCUUAGAAAUGAACAGAGUUUUAAAACGCACGCGCUGAGCUAAUGUUCUGCCCAUUAUUCAGAUCUUUUGUUUUGCCACAUCCUCAUUGCCGUUGUCGUGGUUUCCUGAAGUUCCCAAGUUUUUAGUCCCGCGUGAAACGUCUUAUAUUGUAACCGGAAAUGCAAGUUCUUUUCAGCAUUAAAGUACCGUGUUGUUACCCAGUUUUUUUGCCGAUCAGAACGCGAAACGAAUUUCUUAGGAUAUCAGAGUGAAAUAGUUUAGCAUACAUCCCAAAAGUGACUUUUUUACGCGGAGAAAGAUAGGCCCCUCUAUUUGUCUGUGCCAGUCUCCUUUUAUGGAGACGGCCAAAAAAGGGGUAAGCUGAGACAUUGGAGGUCUCGGGAAGAGUGAGAGUAGCUUCCUUUCCUGCCCAAACCCCAAUUUUCACUCUCCCAAUAAUUCGAACUUUUCAACCAACUGAGACCCUGGCAGAAGACAAGCUCAAGUUUUUCAAGUUAAUUGAUUCAAAUUACGCAACUCAAUUAAUUCAAACUUAUUAAUUCAAUUAAUACUAUUGAUUCUAAAUAGCUGACAAGCUCAUUUUGUCCUCACAAAAAAAGCCGACUUUGAGAAAAGGAACAGAUGAAUGAUUCCUUGAGCUUGGAUCAGUUCACAGGCAGCGUUGUGCUUUCAAGUAGGCUUAUUUUGUGAUGCUUUACAUUGAUGAUGCUUGAAACUGGAGAUGUAUGGAAAAUCUUUCGUGAUCAGAAAAGUUUAAGUCGAUAUUUGGUGUUACAAACUUUAAAAGUGCUUGUUCGUCUCACUUGUCACUGUAAAUAGCAAUUUAGUACGUCAAUUUUUACCCAACGUUGUCACUUUUUUUACCCUUAC